UCAUUCUGUCAGUGUCAAAGUCAGUCUUGGUCGCCACGGAGUAUCGUGAAUUCGUAAAAUCAGUCGAAUGGUUUUAUAAAUUCGACUGCUUGUAUUAACAAUCAUUGUGAAACAAUGACCAAGCCUCGGCCAUGUGGUUGCAAAGGUUGUAGAACAUGUUUAAUUUGUGAAACACAAUAUGGAGCAGAAAACUUGAAACUACAGCUGGAAUUAGAUAAGAGUAAAGGUUAUGUUUAUUGUCCUUUUUGUAACAAAGCCUGGAGAGGCUGGGACUUGAACUCUUACAAACAGCAUCCCAAUCAUGAAGGAGACUCGAUAGAAUAUCCCGGCGUGUACAUCCAGUUGAAUUUCAUAUCGGAAGAAGAAGAAAGAGAUUUGAUGAGAAACAUCGAUGAGGUGCCGUGGGAUAUAUCUCAAAGCGGUAGGAGAAAGCAGAACUACGGUCCGAAGACUAAUUUUAAGAAGAAAAAAGUUGUUGUCGGCAAAUUCGAAGGAUUUCCAGCAUUUUCGAAAUAUUUGCAGGAGAGAUUUGCUAGCAUUGACUUGUUGAAGGACUACUAUGUGAUUGAGCAGUGUUCUCUGGAGUAUGACCCGAGUAAGGGAGCUUCUAUUGAUCCUCAUAUAGACGACUGUUGGAUAUGGGGCGAGAGGAUUAUCACAGUCAACUGUCUAUCAGACACAGCACUGACAAUGACUGCUUUCAAAGGUGAUUUGAAGAAAUAUAAUCUGUAUUGCGCUGAGGAAUAUGGCCCAGUAGUUGAUACUGAUGGUAGUAUACUCAAAGGCCAUAUAGAGGAUAAAUCAAUGUUGGAAGCAUGUAAAUCUUCACUCCCUGAUGAUGUUAUAAUUAGGAUACCGAUGCCAAGGAGGUCUCUUAUAAUUAUUUAUGGAGAAGCAAGAUACCAUUGGGAACACAGUGUUCUUCGCGAGGAUAUCACAUCUAGAAGAGUAUGCAUUGCAUACAGAGAAUUUACCCCACCAUACCUAAACGGUGACCAGCAAGAAAUUGGCAAUACCAUUAGAAAAAUAGGCCAAAACUUCUGGGACCACAAAGGUAAAAAAUAUGAUACCUUAGAACUUCAAAUACCUAAUAAUAGUGUGGGAGUAAUGGAUAUUAUUAAAUCUCCAGGAAUUUCCCCGUUGAUCGGACAAAACAAAAAGGUUGAAAACCAAAUAGCCUAGAAUUAGGACAUUCUGGAACUCUGAAAGUUAGUAUUUGUUACCACUAGACAAAUGACGGAAUUUUAGUUUUAGCUUGUAUUUAAUUUAAUUUGUAGUUUACUUACUAGUAAAAUUGAGGGCAUAUUUUGUCAUCCGGAGUGAGUGACCUCUUGUCUUCGCAAUAAGUCUUAGUUUAGUUAAACUAUUUUAUAAUUUUCUAUUAUUCCUUCAAACAAAAUGAACUACCAAAUACAUAAAUAGAAUAUACUUUGCAGAUUUAGGUGAUGAAAUAAGCCCUAAGUAGUUGUUCAUAUUUGGUAUAUAGCCACUAACCUGAUACAUUUUUAAAUUAUUAGAUUUCAGUAUAGUAGUAUUAUAACCUACACAGCUUUAUGCAAUGCAACACCAAAAUGUUAAUGUAGGAAUUUUAUUUUAUUAGAUAAUUUUGGAGUAAAUUACAACCACAUUCAGCCACAAAAUUAUAUCCAGCAGAAUGGCAAACCCUUAGAAAAUUCAUAAUAUUUUCACUGAUGUAUGCUAUAGCUAUGUAACCAAAAAUUGUAUUGUGAACCAGAUUGAAAAAGAGUAACACGUAACAUCUUGGAACGAGCAAAUAGCUUCACUAGAGGACUGACCAACAGACAGACAUUUUUAAUAUUAUUAUAUUUCCUUGGAUAUUCAAAAGUGCCUUUCUGGUCUAUUUGAAAGAAAUUAGUUUUUGGUUAUUGUGGCCAGUGUGUUUAUUGUCAUGACUGUCAUGCUGUAAUUUGUGGCUGAAUUAUUCCUUUAUAUUUUAAAUUACUGUUAAUUGUGAUAGUAGUCUAGCUAGGCAUUUAGCAUCAAAAUUAUGCACACAAAAGUAUUUUAUAAUUUCGUAUAGUUUUUAACUCGCUAGAUCCUAUUAUUAUUAACUUAAUUUGGUCCUAUUGUGAAUAUUUAUUUUGAUUGUGGCAUGGAUUACAAUAUUUUUUAAAUGAUUGACCUAUGUGGUAUGUUUAGAAAUAUUAGAAGUAGAUGUAUAAAAUUGUAGAUUGAUUUUCAGUGGGCACAUAUUUUUGAUAUUUUAUAGUUUUUGCUAGCUUUUUUAGACACGUCAGAACAGCAUAUUUUAAUCUUCUUUAUUUCAAUUUCCAUUAUGUCAUCAUCGUCAACAACAGCUUUAUAUCAGUCACAAGAUGUCCUCUACUGAACCAAUGACUGCCAACAACCAGUUGGAAGCAUUCUCUAUCCAGUCGCAAAUAUGUCAUUAAGUCAUCAUUGAAUGACAAAUUCAUAAAUCAUGUAGGUAUUCAAAUUCAUAAUAAUUGAUUGCUUUAAUUCCAAUGUUAUUUAUUUACCAUCAAUUAGCAAUAUUAUCUGUAAUUGUGUUGACAUUUGACUUUUAUGUGUACGGGUUUUAAUGACUAAGUAUCGGUGGGGUGGAGUUUAAUCAACAUAUUAUGAGUGACCGUGAUGAUUGUACUAAGCAAAGCGUCUUGAUAUUUCCGAAAGGACAUGGCUAAACCAAAGUAUGGACGUCGUAACCCGUAGAAAUAAAUAUUGUAUAAAUAUGGUACCUAGCAAUAAAUAAAGCCCCAUAAUUAAAUAUUGAUAUUUUGUAGUUAAGAAGGUCCAGAAACUUGGCAUAUCUGCGCAAUCUUGAAAAUAAAGUAGCGCUCCUACGUCAAACAACGUUACAAAAACUUCAAAAUAUAACAUUGCUCUGAACUUUUACCAAGGCGUUUUGAUGAACCUGAGCCGAAAGUUAUUUAUAUAUGAGGUAGAUAGGUAAACAAUUCUGCUUAUACUAGAUAAUGAACACAAAGUAACCAAGGACAGACAAAAUAUAUAGUAAGAUUGUGCAAUCUUAUACAAAAUAUAUAUUUUGUGUCGAUCAAAACAUUUACAAUUAUUUGGUUUCAGAAAAAAGUCAUUAUAUUACCGUUAUUAAAAAUUUAUGUUCGUUUAAUUAUUUCGAUUUGAUUUUCGGGGAAACUAAUGUCCUAAUAAUAGCUUGCAGUACCUACUUCCGUGUUGUCAUGUCAAACCACAACAGAAAAAAAUCAAUUAUGAAACUUAUUUUUUGUUAAUUUUUGUUCACCAAGUUAUAAGAAUUAGUUAAACACAAAAUAAUUCAUAAGUGAAUAUUUAAAUGAUACGGGUUAGCGUGAAAUUCGUAUUCUUGUUAUUAUGCCUGGGUCAGUCAUUUAGCCAUCUCCUUUGAAUUAAGGAAACGGGACUAUCUUGCAGUGGAGCUAAAGCAAAGAAAAAUACUAUAAAGACGUGUUUAUUACUUUCAGUUAUUGUUGUGUGUGUGUGGUUACAUUUAGUACGUUUUUGAGCUAUUUUUAUAUCUUAAAGACUCUGACUGUACUUAAAAACUUCAUGUGACAGUUUGUCUUAGUGGCUCAUAAACCUACAUAUUAUUAUGUGCUACAUAUUAAAAUGUAUUUAACAAUUAUGUUUAUCACAGAAAUAUUGCGUUGUUUCACACUAAGAAGUAGGCCUCUAAUCCGUUUCAUCAUAGAUAAGGAAAUAAGUGUGUGAUAUGAGUAUCAUCAUGGUAUAAUUUUUCACGUUUUCGUAUAAACUUGUAUCCCAGUUCGUUUUUUAUGAAUAAAAACCAAAAAAUAUUGUUGUUGUGCAUGACCUCCGAAAAUCGUAAAUUAAUUAAUCGAGGUCACUGCUCCCUAUGUUUUAUUUAUUUUACUUGGUUGGUGACUAAACCUGUUGUCUUUUUUUUUCUAAUAUUUCGCAAUUAAGUGCGUCAAUUGUGUUCUAGAAAAUCCCAGUAUUAAAUACGAGACUAAAAUAAAUAAAUGAAUAAAUACAUUUUAAUCAAGGUACUAUGAUUUGCAUAAAUAAAAAACUGCGUUUUUUUUUGUAUCAUCGGUGUAAUCUUCGCAAGGUUUUUUUUUUCUUGAAAAUUAUCAAGCAAUUAGCAAAGUACUUAGCUAUAAAAUUAUAUUUAUCGCAUUUUAAUGCUCCGAUAACAGUCAAUAUUAUUGUUUUAAGUUUUUUAGAUUUCUGUGUGUGAUGUAUUUUGUAAUUAAUUCAUUGAAGUCUGUUCCUGAUGGCCAAGCCAAAAUGGCGUUUGUAAGGCGUAAGGUCCUAUUAAUCCAAUCAGUAGAUAUAGCUUUCACUAGCUGACUGAUUAUUGACUUGACGUUAGCAAGUUUUCUAUUGGUCAAGAGACUCAAAGCUACACUAGCGCCUCUGGUGGCGAAAAUCUUCAUUAAUUCCUGAAACAACGUCACUAAUACUUGUACCAGUGUAGUACGUUAUAUUUAUCUUCAAUAUUUAUGUUCCUAAGUUAAAGUAUGUCGUUGCUGAGCUGAUAAAUGGUUUCUAAAUAAAUGCCAAAUAUGCACUCCAAA